UGAGGUUUUAAAAAAAUUAAUUUUAAUAGGAUCCCUCAUGUUCUCAAUUUGAUCCAUUUCGGCCGACGGUUUCGUUUCUAGAGAGAGAGAAUGAGCCAAGAAGACAAAUCCGCCGCUGUGGGUGUCGUCGUCCACCACCAUCACGAAUCCAAUUCCGCCCAUCCUCACUACGGAACCUUCCAAGGCGUCGCUAAUUAUCCUCCCGUCGGAUUCCCUCAGCCUACUCGCCCGCCUGGUCUCUCCGACUCCGACGAUCCUUCUCAAUAUCAGCACUAUGCUCACGGCUAUCAAGCUGUACCCGGAUAUGCUAUUGUUGAAGGAAGACCAGUGAGAGAGCCGCCCCUUCCUUGCUGUGGCAUUGGCAUUGGGUGGUUCCUGUUUAUUAUUGGUUUCUUCCUUGCUGCUAUCCCAUGGUAUGCUGGAGCAAUUCUUAUACUAUGUGGCAGGGUUGACUACCGUGAGAAACCAGGAUAUGUUGCCUGCUCAAUUGCUGCUGUUAUUGCCACACUUGCAAUUAUAUUCGGUGCAACAAGGGAAGCUGAUGUCUGGUAACCAAUCCUAAACUUAAAGUAUUGUACAGUUUGCAAAUAUGUAUGAACUGACAGAGCCCAUGGGCAAGCUUAGUUCCAUUGAAACCUGAAUCUGUGAGAGCCUAUCACUACAAGAAAUUACACUUUUCCCAAUGGAUAAACUCAUUGGGAAAACUCCGAAAAGCUUCUGGAAAAUUUCUCCCGACGCCACAUUGGCCAUUGUCAUGAUCGUCAGGAAAGAUUUCCUCGGGAGAAGCUUAAUUUCUUGUGGUGUAUAGAUAUUGGUUAGUGGUUGUUUCCAUGUUGUGCCCCUAAGAAGCUGUGCCAUGCUGCAAAAUCAUGUUAUUUGUUUUAAAUCUACGAUAUGUGUUAUGAUGACUAUUCAUCUUAAACUCAUGUGUAGAAACCUACUUAUCCUUUGGUAAAUAUAUUUCUUUCUGCUUGUUUGGAAUAA